AUUGUCGGUGGAAUUUCCAGCCCCGCCACUCCCCGCCUAAGCCUGCUAUGCAAGCGGCAACGAUAUCAAAACAGAAUCACACGCGGACGCACUAAACUUCUGAACAAAUGACAAGAACGACUUUUUAGUUUCCCACCCAAAGUUCAGCAGUGCCCUCAAGCUAACAACAUGGACCGUUCCACGAGACCGAGUUUUAAUUUCGUCAAUCUCCAACAUCCUGACGACCUCAAGGAUGAGGAGACGCAGCUACGAAUACGGCGACUCGCGAUGAGGGAGGUAGGCAAAUCACGCAGGAGGCUAAAUUCAAAUCGCAAGGGUAAUGAAUUGACAACCGAUAUCUACAACCGAAGGGAAGACCGCUUGGACUUCGACCGUUUCAGUAGUGGAUCAAUAGACCCAUUUGGUCCAUACCCCAUACAACUUGAUGAGUCUUCUCAAGCUCUGCUCGCAAACAUCUUCAGCCACAAUACGAAUCACUCGAGUCAAUUGCGAGGCUCCUGGUAUCCCGUCGGGCUAAGUUGCGCAGCAACAUUCCACAACGUUCUGUCGAACUCGCAAAACUUCAUUUUUGAGAAGCUUCAUGGACAUUUUCCAGCGCAGGAUAAUGCACAAGCGUUGACUCAUCAUCACACAGCUCUUCGACUUGCUAACGAGAUGAUCAAUGAUCCUACCAAAUACAUGAGCGAUGAGACUGUCGGCACUGUCGCAUCUUUCAUGUGCCAUCAUUCGUUGCUGGGCAGUUUCGCUGGUGGAGAAUGGCACAAACAUCGCAACGCUCUGAUCAACAUCGUUGAGCUCAGAGGCGGCUUUGCUGCCAUCGACCAGGAAAACCUUCGAAUCACCUUGUCUUGGGUCGAUCUCGUCGGCUCAUUCUCGCAAGAUAUUACUCCCCUCGUGCCUCUACCCCGGAAAUGGGAAGCAAAUUCUAAAUCUCCACCCAAUUCCCCUCGAGCAUACAGUCCCAUAUCUCUAAUCUGGAAACAACGCUUACCGAUGCAAAUGGACUGGAUCACAAUAUUCGACGACAUGGCUCAUCUCAUCUCGCUCGACCACGCGUUUAACGAAGAGCAAUUGACAUUGGCGAUUACGAGCGGGAGCUGGAUGGAGCCCACAAUAUGGCGUCUCCUCGUCAUCCGGCCCUUGCUGCAUGGACACGUGAUUGAAGAAGUGCUACGUCUAGGUACUUUACUAUUCCUAGCUCCAGUCUGGAGAGUAUUGGGACAGUCUCCAGUAUGGACUGCGGGAAUAUCAGGAAACCUCUUGAGAGUGUUGAUGGGAAACAUGGUGGAGUGGAACGAACUCAAACCGGCACUUGUCUGGGUUCUAUAUUUCGCUACAAUCGAGACGAAGAACCUGUCGGAGCGCAAUCAGUUCGUUUUGAUGAUGGCGGUGAUGAUGAGUGGUAUGCAGAUUAGGGAAUGGGAUGAGCUUAUGCAGGUUGUUAGGAGUGUGUUGUGGGUCGAAGUAGUCUUCUCUGGAAGUGAAGAGCUUGUUCGGGACGAGGUUAUGCAGAUCGCUCAGCAUAAUCCCACGAUGAAUGGGUGGUAGAAACAACGCAAUACAUUGACUAGUUGGAAAUCAUUGAGGUGGGGCAUGUCUGACUUGGUAGCUAUGUUGUAUCGUUGAGUCCAGAAUGAGGUAAUACUACAUGUUUGC